AUGGAGCUAAAACUACUGAGUCAGCUGCUGUGUGUCUGUGUGCUGCUGAGUGGAGCCGCUUCUGCAGCCGAGUUAACCUGUGAAACCCUGAUCCUGCUGUCCACCAACCUGACAGCUCGGUUGUUGGUGUUACUGAACCAGACGUUCACCAUCAGUAACUCUUCAGGCCUGUUCUGCGAUCUCUCUGUGGACGGCAUCGGGACGUGUUGGCCUCGCAGCGCCGCCGGAGAGCUUGUCUCCAGACCCUGUCCUGAGCAGUUCAAUGGGAUCCACUACAACACCACCAACCGGGUGUACCGAGACUGUCAGUCCAACGGCAGCUGGGCUCCUCGAGGGAACUACAGUCAGUGCACGGAGAUCAUCGUCAUGAGGAAGAGUAAAGUCCACUACCAUGUGGCUGUCAUCAUUAACUACCUGGGUCACUGCAUCUCUCUGGGAGCGCUGCUGCUCGCCUUCACGCUCUUCAUGAGGCUCAGGAGUAUCCGCUGUCUGAGGAACAUCAUUCACUGGAACCUCAUCUCAGCCUUCAUCCUCAGGAACGCCACCUGGUUCAUCGUCCAGUUAACCAUGAACCCUGCAGUAACCGAGAGUAACCAGGUGUGGUGUAGGUUGGUGACGGCAGGUUAUAAUUAUUUCCAUGUCACUAACUUCUUCUGGAUGUUCGGUGAAGGUUGUUACCUUCACACCGCCGUCGUUCUCACCUACUCUACCGACAAGCUGCGCAAGUGGAUGUUCAUCUGCAUCGGCUGGGGUAUUCCAUUUCCCAUCAUUGUAGCGUGGGCAUUCGGGAAGCUGUACUACGACAAUGAAAAGUGUUGGUUUGGAAAGAGGGCGGGAGUUUAUACCGACUACAUCUACCAGGGUCCCAUGAUCCUGGUGCUGCUGAUCAAUUUUGUCUUCUUGUUCAACAUCGUCCGGAUACUCAUGACCAAACUGAGAGCUUCAACCACCUCAGAGACCAUCCAGUACAGGAAGGCUGUCAAGGCUACGCUGGUGCUGCUGCCUCUUCUGGGGAUCACUUACAUGUUGUUCUUCGUGAAUCCUGGAGGAGAGGACGAAGUGUCCCAGAUCGUCUUCAUCUACUUCAACUCCAUCCUCGAGUCCUUCCAGGGAUUUUUCGUCUCUGUUUUCUACUGUUUCCUGAACAGUGAGGUGCGCUCGGCAGUGAGGAAGCGCUGGAUUCGCUGGCAGGACCGCCACUCCAUCCGGAGCCGGACCGUUCGCGCCACCUCGUUGCCCACCUCCCCCAGCAGGGUGUCCUUCCACAGCAUCAAGCAGUCCUCCAAUCUCUGA